GGGCAUUACAGGUCUUCUUCCGCUUUUAAAGGACAUAACAUGCGAUGUUCAUUUGAGAUCUUUCUCUGGAAAGGUGGCCGCAAUCGACGUUUACUGCUGGCUUCACAAAACUGUUAUUUUCUCUGUCGAAGAGAUAAUUUUGGGAUCGAAGCAACGCGGUACGUCAGGGGCACCCAACGGCAAUUUUCGGGAAAAUAUCUGUUCGGAAGACAAUUUCAGAACUAGAAUUUUCGGAACACUUGUUGUAAAAUUUCUUGCUUGCCUACCUCUCCUAGGAUUUUCGAACAUCUACAAAAUGGUAUAAUUACCCAUUUUAAACGGAUAUUUACCCUAAAAAAGGCCACCUAGAAUUUUCGGGAGCCUUUUCCUGGCUGAAAUUUUCGAAAAGGUAAGUUUUGAUCCCUAUAAUUUUCGGAUCACUAGACUUUCAGCUAGGAAAUCCGAACAGAUGAAAAGUUUUUAGGGGAUAAAAAUAUGCCUAUAUCUACCGUUUAAAUACUAAAAUACGUUCAACAAUGCUAUGUUAAGUGGUUUUGAACUAUAUCCUCGUUGGGUGCCCCUGGUACGUAUCAACACAUCGUUCUUACAUGUGCCUAAAGUGCUUUAUAUUGAACGUAAGCUUCUCUUUAGCGCUCUUCUCACCUCCGAUUUUUUUUUCCAGGUACAUUGACAUGUGCAUGAAGGAUACUGAUCUUCCCAUCGAAAAUAAUCUGCAACCUAUUCUGGUUUUCCAGAAGAAGCUGGAGGCCAAGGCAAAUGUGGAAUCCUCCUCCUCUAACUUGUUGUUGUUGAGGACAACAGCAAGUUAGCGGAGGUUUUCUAGUCAUUUUUUUCCGUAUGAAUUCAGUUUUAUCUGUUCGUUAUGCUUUGUAUGAUUUAUCAAUUAGGAAUCAUGAAGAAUCUCGCACAGAAGGUUUAA